UCGCUGUAUAAGAGCUGUGGGUCUGUGUGAAAAACAGCACGUGAGUAUAAACUGGCUGAUGUGUAUCAAUGGAUUAAAGCUUCUCUGCUUUACCUCGAUUUGCAUUUGAAACACAACAGUGCUGAAGAACAAAGAAAUGUCUCUUGUCAGGCAGAAUCUUCACCAGCAUAAUGAAGCAAACAUCAACAAACUAAUAAAUUUAAAACUAUCUGCCUCUUACGCUUAUCUGUCUCUGGGUAUGUAUUUUGACAGGGAUGAUGUGGCUCUACCCAAUUUCUCCAAGUUUUUCCUGGAGCGCUCCGAGAAGGAGAGGGAGCAGGCUGAGCACCUGCUGCAGUACCAAAACAGACGAGGAGGACGAAUCCUUCUUCACAACAUCGCGAAACCCACUCGUGAUGACUGGAGAGGAGGUAUGGAUGCCAUCACUUUUUCUCUAGACUAUCAGAAAUCUCUCAACAGAUCCUUACUGGAGAUUCAUCAAACAGCUGCUGAAAACUCUGAUCCUCAUCUAUGUGACUUUCUAGAGAGCCACUUUUUGACAGACAGCCAUGAAACCAUUAAGAUAAUGGGUGACCAUGCAGGCAGUCUGAGUCGUCUUGUCUCCUCUGAUCCACAUGGCAAGAUGGGAGACUAUCUGUUUGAUAGGCACACGCUGUGAUGUGCUCCACAGUGAAACUGUUUGAUUACUUUAGUAACCUUUCAGUAUUAUAUUGAACAUUCAAGAGUUGAUAAAGUCACAAAUAUUUUUGACACCACACUUUAAUGUACUUUCAUAUAAGUGGAAAAAUACUGUGAUCGUAACUUAUGACUGCCAUUAUAUGUCUUUAUACCUCAAACAUCCAAACUGUUAUAAAUUGUUUUACUUGAAGUCAGUAAAGCAGAUUUUGUUGUUCAUAAUUGCAUACAGUUUACAUUUUCACAGUUUGGUUGUAACCAAAUUUGGUUGUAAGUACUUAUUUCUUUGUAUGUUCAAUUUUGUCUAGAGGUAAUACAGCUUAUUAAAAUCUUCUAGCGUUCCUUACAGUUGUUUGUCUUCAUAAUAACUAGACACUGAUCAGAACCUAUGCUAAAGUUCCUAACUAACAGUAAACCCCUGUACACUUUUAGUCUAUAAAUCACUUCAAAACUAUAUGAUGACCUUACAUUUAACUAAACUUUUUUUUAUUUUAUUUUAAAUAUUUUGAUGAAUUAUACUCAAACUUAUCAGAUAUUGAAUUUGCUUAUGAUUUUGACUAGUAUAAGUAGUCUCAUUUACUGUAGUUAAAGCAUGAAUGUAAUUCUGAAGAAACUUGAAAAUAAUCUA